UUAUAAAUGUCAAAGAAGAAGAAGCUAACGAAAGCAAAAAGAGUGAUAAUAAUGGCGGAGAGAUCAGAUUCAGAGGAAGUGAAGCUUCUGGGAAUGUGGGCGAGUCCUUUUAGUCGUAGGAUUGAGAUUGCUCUUACGCUUAAAGGUGUUUCUUACGAAUUCUCAGAGGAAGAUAUCACUAACAAGAGCUCUUUGUUGCUUCAAUUGAAUCCGGUUUAUAAGAUGAUUCCGGUUCUUGUUCAUACUGGUAAACCGAUUUCUGAAUCACUUGUGAUUCUUGAAUAUAUUGAUGAGACUUGGAGAGACAAUCCGAUUCUGCCUCAAGAUCCGUAUGAGAAAGCUAUGGCUCGAUUCUGGGCUAAAUUUGUUGAUGAACAGAUUUAUGUGACGGCGAUGAAAGUGGUGGGGAAGAUCGGAGAAGAGAGAGAUGCGGUGGUUGAAGCGACGAGAGAUUUGUUGAUGUUUUUGGAGAAAGAGCUUGUUGGGAAAGAUUUUUUUGGAGGGAGAAGUUUGGGGUUUGUAGAUAUUGUGGCCACGUUGGUGGCGUUUUGGCUGAUGAGGACGGAGGAGAUCGUCGGAGUUAAGGUUGUUCCGGUGGAGAAGUUCCCGGAGAUACAUAGAUGGGUUAAGAAUUUGUUGGGAAAUGAUGUUAUCAAGAAAUGUAUUCCUCCUGAAGAUGAGCAUCUCCAGUACAUCAGAGCUCGUAUGGAGAAGCUCAAUAUCAAAUCUGCUUGAUAAGGAUUAUAGAAGUUCUAAUAAUCAAAGUAUGUCUCUUUUGUUUCAAUUGCUAAGUUAUGUGAGAUCAUUAAGCUGAAAGUUCUUAUAUUUCAGACAAAUAGUUGGGAAGUGUGUGGUUGUUGUAUUAUUGUGUGUAAGAGAUGUGAAUAAGAGAUGUUGUUGUUAGUUCUUGUAUUGUGUGAGACUUUUCUUAGAAACUUGUCUGAAAAUCUGAAAGUUUGGCAAUAAGAUUGUGUUGAGACUUGAGAUGUGAAUGAGAUUAGUAUUUGGACUU